UGGACCUAGUUUGCGAUUGGAAACGUUGAUUGAAAGAAUACAGCAAAGCAGCAAGGACUACUACCCACUGAUGAUGAGCCAAGGUGAAGAAAAUUGAUGAUACAAUGAAUUCAUGUCAAAAUGUUCGUAUAUACAGCUUACAAAGGAAUGAUAAACAAAGCAUGUUGGAUCUGAGAGGCAACAUCUGAGCAUGUGCACUAUUAAGCUCUACUCUUCGCACACGUCGUCGAGCUUUUCACCCUCCAUAUCGGAUGGCAUGACGACGCCAAACUCGAUCACCAACGACGGCGAUACUGGAGUACUUUUACCGAAUGGGGAUUCAGCUGGUGUAAGCGGGGCUAGUACUACCGGAGACAAAUGCCGUACCGAGAGACGCAACCGGAUCGACAACAAUAAUAAAAUAAUUAAAAACAACAAUCACACUAAUAGCCACAGCAAGAAUAAUGACGGCACUUAUCGCUGUCAAUUUUGUGAUAAAACGUUUCCACGACUUGGAUACCUGAAAAAGCACGAACAGAGCCAUACCGAACAUAUGCCAUUCAAGUGUGAAUAUUGCGCUCGUUUGUUCAAACACAAGAGGUCAAGAGAUCGUCAUACCAAGUUGCAUACGGGAGAUCGUCGAUAUCGAUGUCCUCACUGUGAGGCGGCUUUUUCAAGAAGUGAUCAUUUGAAAAUUCAUAUGAAAACACACGACAAUCAGAAGCCCUUUCAGUGCACAAUUUGCAAUCGUGGAUACAAUACGGCAGCUGCUCUUACAAGCCACAUGCAGAACCACAAAAAGCAAAUCGCCCUUACAGGAAGUCCAAACCUAACCUACAGUCCUCGUUCGACAAGUUCACUUUCAAGUAGUGCUUCAAAUCCUAAACGGAAGUUCUCGCCUUAUGAGCAGAACUUGAUGAUGGUCAAUCGUUCUAAGCUACUGAAAUCUGGUGAACUAACCUGUAUCUACUGUACCCAACAUGACUUUUCCAACAUUGAACAGCUGGGAGCUCAUGUACAAACUAUGCAUAGUAAUUUACUUUUGAACGAAAACAAUUUUCACCGACAUACCUCGCCAGAGUCGAUGCUACCAUAUCCGCCUGUUUCAUGUGAAUUUUGCACUAUGAAGUUCCCUACUAUUCCAAUGAUGCUUAGUCACCUCAAAUCAACUCAUUUAGAUAAGAUAAAUAGUCCCAAUAGCUACAUGGAACAGUUCAACAAAAAUCUCAUGAAUACGUAUACUUCGUUCUACGGAACAGCUUUUUUCGAUGAGAAACAUGAUCACGAAGAACAAUCGGAAAUAAAUGAUGAACGACCACCUAGUGAAAAAAGCAUAAAAGAUGAAAAUGGGAACGAUGAAACUUCCAUGACAAUUGUGGCAAAAUCUAUCAAACAAGAGAAAAAGGAUGAAAACGAUAACUCACAAGAGGCUCAAGAACAACUUGCUCCUACUGAUUUAAGUCAACCUCGUCUCAAAAAACUGAAAAUGGAAAACGAGGGUACCUCCGCUUCUAGCCGAGAUGUCAGAGAAACCGAAAAAGGCAGUUCAUUAGGUGGUCCUAGUUCAGUUUUGCCAAAUCCACCAGGAGCAUAUCUUUGCAAUCAAUGCAACGCGGCGCUACCUGACUUUGAGUCUUUUCGAACUCACUUAAAAGCACACCUCGAGCAAGGUUCGGCAACAUCGUCAUUCCUUUGUCAGCAAUGUGGUGUCACAUUAGGGGAUCAACAAGAGUAUGAGAAGCAUGUGGCUGGUCACUACCUUGUAACCAGCGCAGAAUACAUUUGUGAACCAGCUUGUAAUAAAGCUUUUACUAAAGUAGAAGAAUUACACAAACAUUUGUAUGAUUCUCAUACCCAAGUGCUAUACAAAUGCAUCCUUUGUAAUGAAACCUUUGAUAGCAAAGUUACUAUACAGGUUCAUUUUGCCGUAACACACUCCAAUGAAAUCAAACUAUAUCGAUGCUCUGCUUGUGCUGAAGUGUUUCGAGCCGAUCGAGAAUUCAGGCAUCACAUCCGUUCACGUCACAUCGCGUCCGGCGCAGUACAAUGCGUUUUCUGCAGAGUCGUCUGCGCGUCUGAACUGGAAAUGCAAUUUCAUCUAGCUGCUCAUGCCAGGAAGUUCAAAUGUCCCGCAUGUACAGAAUCGUUUCAUGUCGAAUUUCUCCUAGACCGACACAUGCAAACUCAUCACAGUCAAAAGGAGAUUUCCAAUGCAGCGGCAGCUGCGUCAAGCCCGGCUAAUAGUAAUGGUAACACUAAUAACCUGGAUUACUUACAAUUACACGGUCAGAUGGCCGCUGCGGCUGCUGGUUGGCAAAAUUUGUACGCAGCUAAUAAAUUUUAUAAUCCUCUGCACGUGGACACUCUUAAUUCAUUAAAACAUCCAGGCUUUCUACACGGAUUCUAUGAUAGCUUAAGUAAAUCACAUGCACAGCGCUAUCUUGAACAAUCCAAGAAAGGAUUUGUAAGUCCAAAUAAUGCAUCCCAAUCUAAAGCAUUGCUCAACCUAUAUAAUCAAAGGUCAGCAUCAAUAAAUGGACUAUAUUCACCGGAUCAUCAUGGAAACAACACCGGAGGGAACACACAAUCUGCUGCAUCGUCCAAUACAACGAGUUCGACUAAGACUCCUCAGAUUUACUCCCCAACAGCAUUGUUGCAUAGGUAUGGUGGCAGCUCGUCCGGUGCAACCACAACCACUACCAAUACUGUUGGACACACAUCGGUACCAGAAAAAAUGGCUUCAACCACCAAAAUUACCACUAGCACCAACAAUUACUACAGCUGCGGAAUUUGUGAAAGAAAUGAUUUUACUACCGAAAGCGAAGUCCAGACUCAUCGAAAAAUAGUUCACAACCUUAAAACGGGAGUUAGCUUACGAUGUGCUUACUGCAGUGGAGACUUCCGUUCGAGGAACGAACUGGAAAACCACAUGAAAAUUACCCAUAACACAGGUGGAAAACAUAAAUGUUUGAUAUGCGACGAAAUAUUUCCUUCACCAGCAGUUCUAGCAGAACAUAAAUUAACUCAUUGUAAAGUCGGUGCCUCAGGACGCUGUUCGCAUUGUCCAACCACAUUACCUGAUGUACAUAGCUUCAAAGCUCAUCUUACCCAACAUCAUCAAACUACGGGACCCAGCAGUACAAAUGCAAACAAUGUAUCAACUAAUGGGAGUAUAAACUCUGGAUCCAAUCAAGAACAGGAACGAUUUCCCAUUCAGUGUAUUUGUUGUCGCCAAACUCUCAAUUCCGAAUUCGAAAUCAGUUUGCAUGCUAAAUUUCACACGAAGUCCAGCGAGACAAAUGAGAGAACAUGUGCGCUUUGUCUAGAUCCUCUAACCUCAUGUCAAGAUACUAAAAUUUGUGAAUCUUGUCUAAAGCGACACAAUUUUCCAUCGAAAUUACUAUCGAUCAACAGUUUUAUCAAAUCAUCCUUGCCAUCUGCAAGUCAAACUCAAGAAGAAAGUUCUAGUCACCAACAACAGAUUUUACAACAUGUCCAGCAAUCACAAUCAAACUGUACAAUCAAGUGCAACCUAUGCAAAAAAAAUAUUUCCAAUGUUCAAAAACUACAAGAGCACCUGAUUGAUCACACUUUCGCUGGAUGUGAGGAUCGUGGUUAUGUGUGCUAUCUAUGCUCUUCAGUAUUUACUUCCUCUGUUGGCCUACAGACUCAUAUUGCAGAACAUGGUCCGCAGGCGAAACCAUACGACUGCAACCACUGUGAUGAAGCUUUCUUCUUCCGUGCAGAACUCGAGCAUCAUCUCAUCGAUCACGAACUUGGUAAGGUACAUUUAGUUCCUAGAAAUACGGAAGAAUCUUCUGCAGGAUUAGAAAUCAAAGCAGAGUUGAUAGAUUCGGCUGCAAAAAAUGAUGGGGAGAAUCAGUUUGAUGAACAAAGUUCUUCUGUUUGUAAAGAACAAGGCGAACAAAAUUUAAAACCAUUUCCUGUAAUAAAUGAAAAUAAUACUGAAAACUAUAAGGUGCAGGAAGCUGGUGAAGAUGAUGAUGAAUACAUUGAAGUGGAACAUAGUAUUGAAGAAAACAAGAAAGGGGAGAACGACAAUUCUCGAAGUGAACAUCCUAGUGAAUGCUCGGAAUAGGAAUAAAUGCAUCUAAUAUCAAUAAGAAAUAUUAUCAAAAAGUAAUUAU